AUGAAAAGUGCGCUGUUUUUAUUUACUUCGUUAUUUUGCCUAUCGUUCGUUGCGAGCAAAAUAAGCACUGGGUUCUCCAGAGAAGAUGUUGAAGACAAUGAUUUUGCGGAUUUCGAAGAGUUCGAGGAAUUCGAUGAUGAAGCUACGAAGGAGGAUGUCGUAUUGACCACCCCGGCUCCCGUGACCAGGAAGUCCGAUAUCGACGAUGACGAGACCAGCAUUGAAGAUGAGGACGAGAACGGCGAGUUCGAACAUUUCAGAGAUGAAGAAGAGUUUGAAGGCUACGACGCCGAUAAACCAUCUCGUGCUCACGGGAAAACUGCUCCUGAAAUUAAAAUCGCUAGAGUUCCCAUGUUUAUCAACACCAAAUGGGACAGCUACGUUAUGGAAAUUUUGAUCCUUAGUGGCCUUGCCGUUUACAUCCUGAAUUUCAUGAUCGGUCGGGCGAAAAAUGCAAAGAUAGCGCAGGCUUGGUUUGCUUGCCACAAGCAAAUAUUAGAUGAAAAUUUCGCGCUGGUUGGCGAUGAUGGCCGAAAAGACCUGCCGUCCGAAGGGUGUGGCCUGGAAAAGGAAAGCGAGCACGUUUACACUCUUUGGUGUUCUGGGAGAUCAUGCUGUGAAGGAAUGCUCGUGGAAUUGAAGCUCCUCAAGCGGCAAGAUCUAGUCAGCAUUAUUGCUCAGAUGUUCAAGAAGGCGUACGACACCGUGGAAAUCAAGGUGCAAAUGAAUGCCGAUGAAUUGGAUACAUUUGUUGCGUUCGCUGGACAGAAAAAGACCGCCACAAAAGUCGCUAAAGAUAUGAAUGAUCUGGCGACUUACGGUGGCGAGAAACGUACCGGUGAUAAAUACGGUCUCCCAAGUAGUUACGUUGUAUUGUCUGAAAUCGGAGAAGGUACUCAGACUGUGCUGGACUCGAGAACUCAAGCUGUGAUCAACAAGUAUCCGGAGCUCGUGGAAUAUAUUCACGUUUCUGAUCAAUUCUCUGGCCCGAAACCGUCUGAUGAAGCGGGUCAACCCCAAACGAAACUGCCUGAAGGGAAGAAGGUGAUCCGCGUCGGCAUAAAUUUUCCUACCAAGGGAAAUGGUCAAGUCAAUCUUGAGGAAAUCGACUCAAUGAAGCCAGUUUUGUUGCUUGUGAUCUACCUAAUGGACAGGCUGAAACGUUUCCAUCUCUCUAAAGAGUCGAAAUCGAAGGCCGAGAAAAAUCGAGCAAGAGUUGAAGAGUCGUUUUUGAAAACGACUCAUCAAGUGAGAGCCGAAGCAGCUGCCCAGCGUCGUGAAGAGCGUCGUCGUCAAGAGAAGGAAAAAAUAAUGGCUGAAGAGGAUCCGGAAAAGCAAAGACGUUGGGAAGAGAAAGAAAGUAGGCGUCAGAUGAAAAAGCGUCAACCGAGAAUCAAGCAAUUGAAAGUGAAGGCGUUAUAAAGAGAUAAACGCUCAUUAAAGGAUCAUUUCAUAAUUUCCCGCGGAAGUGUUCGAAGUUUGCAGGCGCGUUAUAAUUACUGCUUCAAAUUCAUGUUUGACCAACCUCGUAAGGACCUUGCGGAUUUCGUCCUAUUCCCUUUAUGCUAUACAUGUCCCGAUUUAGUAUAAAACGAGAUCGUUGCAAUUUCA